GGGUGAGUGAUCGAGCCAAACUAAAGAAAAACAACGAAGGGGUAAAGUACUUUUGAUCGAUUGAGCAGACGAUGGCCAUGCCGCAUCCAGAACCUGACCAUAAGCAACUUGGUUCAAUAAAUCCAAUAGAGGUUCAUGAUGAUGAUGAUGAUGAUGAUGAUGUUGAGCAGAUCUUGUCAGUAUCUCCGGUAAAGCUCCUGAAGCUACCACACCUGACCGACUAUCUUUCACAAGUCCCAUCCCACAACAACCCUCUCGAGCUCAAUCCCUAUUACCGCCCUUCCGACGGCUUCUAUAUAACACCAUCCGAUGUCAUCCUUCGCCAGAUUGUCUACGACCUCUCCGGCGCUGGCGUCUCCGCACGUCCCUCCUCAGCUUACCACCGCGCCGGCCCACGACAGCGCAUCGUGUUUGAGCCGUCGAGCAUCAAGGCGGCUAUUGUGACAUGCGGAGGGCUGUGCCCGGGAAUGAACACGGUGGUGAGAGAGCUGGUUCUUGGCCUCUGGCACCUCUACGGAGUCCGUCAGAUUUUUGGUAUCAAGGCUGGCUAUCGUGGAUUUUAUUCUAUGGAACCCAUCCAGCUUAACCCAAAGCUCGUAGACAAUUGGCACAAAAAUGGCGGCACUGCCCUGGAGACCUCCAGAGGUGGUUUUCAUCUUCAAAAGAUUGUCGAUGCCAUCCAACAUCGCGGCUAUGCCCAGGUGUAUGUUAUAGGUGGAGAUGGCGCAAUGCGCGGGGCAGUUGAGAUAUUUCAUGAGAUUUGUAGGCGAAAACUGAAAGUUGGGGUUACUGGGAUUCCAAAAACAGUUGACAAUGAUGUUGGCAUAAUUGACAGAUCUUUCGGGUUCCAUACCGCAGUAGAAAUGGCCCAACAAGCAAUAAAUGCAGCUCAUGUGGAGGCUGAAAGUGCAGUAAAUGGAAUAGGCUUGGUCAAGUUGAUGGGUCGAAGUACUGGCCACAUUGCUCUACAUGCAACAUUGAGCAGCCGAGACGUGGACUGCUGCCUAAUCCCAGAAACUGAGUUUUACCUAGAAGGGAAAGGAGGGCUAUUUGAGUUCCUGGAGCAGCGACUGAGGGAGAAUGGACACGUAGUGUUAGUAGUGGCCGAAGGAGCAGGACAGGACAUAAUUCCAAGGAACGAGGCUCAGAAACAGGAGAGGGAUGAAUCUGGGAACCCAGUGUUCUUAGAUGUUGGCCGAUGGUUGAAGUCGGAGCUCAAUAAUUGGUGGAGCAGGGAUCACCCGAACGAGCUCUUCAUGGUUAAGUACAUAGACCCUACAUACAUGAUCCGCGCUGUUCCUGCAAAUGCUACAGAUAACUUGUACUGUACGCUUCUUGCCCAUUCAGCUGUUCAUGGAGUGAUGGCUGGUCACACUGGAUUCGUCCCUGGCCCCAUCAAUGGCAACUAUGCUUACAUUCCUCUUGAAGAGGUGGCAAAGGCUAAGAAUGAGGUCAACACAAAAGACCACAAAUGGGCGUGGGUGAGAUCUGUCAGCAAUCAGCCCGAUUUCUGCAGGACUUGACUGAUCCCAGUAAUUGGAUCAUGGCCAGAGGAUUUCAAUUCCGUAUUUUCUCAUCUCUAGCUUUGAGUCUUCGACUCAUGGAUCGAUAUCGUAAUUUGUAUUUAAAUUUUUAUAGAAUUUUAAAAUACAAUAUUAUUUUGAGUAAUCUUAAAUUUUGAAGUUGAAUCUGUUUUAUUUCUAAA